AUGAAGCCUGCCUGGGCUACGGCCGUGGAGCAGGCAUUGAAGAAAGAUGCUCCGGCAUUGGAGAGAUGGACGGAGAUCGAAACUAUCCUGCAGGAGAGCAGGAAGUGCUACAGGCAGGUGCUGCGGCCGGGUCAAGUCCUGGUGCACCCGUCGAAUCGCUCAGGGUUAGGAUUGAAUGGAGCCCAAGUUCACAAAACAGGGGCCCAAGUGCAAUCUGUAGGCUUCAGCUCCAUGGAGCUGAAGCGAAGUGUUUGCAUGGAAAUAUCCACGGAUAGAGCUCUGAGCCAAAAGGCCUUUAGUUUCAACAAGCGGCAAGUGGAUAUGAAUGGAGGGCUGCUAGCUGAGGUGCGAGGCGAUGAGCGAUACAUGUCGUUAGCAUGCAGUCACUUUACGGCAUUUUGCCGUGCCUGCAUUGCAGCAUGUCCCUCGGACCAAGAGACGGUGUCGGACAACGGCAAGCUCACGUUGCAGCGAUUGUCUACGGACUCUCGGCAGGAAGUCAUGAAUGCAGCCCAAGGAGUUGCAAGAACGGCAGGCGAGCUGGAGCUCGCCAUGGCGAUGGUGACCCGAGCAAAGUUGCUGGCAGAGCAAGGUUUGUGCAUCGACUGGGAUGUUGUGCAAGCUGAUGUAGCAGCCACGGUGCCGGAUGCCUCGCCACAGACCGUGGCCGCUUGCGGGUUGUUCUGCAGAUUCUAUGCAGGAGGAACCGAAGCACCUCUGCUGAAGUUUUUGCACGACUUUUCCUUGAAAUAUGGGGCAAGCAAAAGAUUGGGAGAGGAGUUCAUGUCCACGGUCGCCGGCCUCCGGUUUGCAGGGCAGGAGCGAUCGCAUGCUUUCGCAAGGGCUGCGAUGAUCGCGACGAACCUGACAGCCACAAAAGUGGUAGACGGUGUGGCUCGGCUGCUGAGCAAGAGCGAUGUCAGCAGGCUCUGUGCGAAAGGCAUGGAAGAUGCUGUAAAGGAUUGGGAGGAGCUUCUUGCUCGUGCCUGGGCUCACACUCAGAAUGUGACGGAUGCAAGUGCACGUGCCAAGGCAGUUGAGUGCUUCGGUCGCCUGAUGGUUCGCAGCACCCUCUUCAUGUGCAAGAAAGAGAAGUCGGGGCAAGAAGGCCUUGAGCACGGGUCAUUGGCCAAUUUGCUGACUUUGUACGAACACGAGAUGGGUGGCAAGAGUGCCGGUGCAACACCGGCUGCUGCUACAAAAGAUGGGCCGUCUGAUGCGGCCCCUGCGACCUUGGAGAACAUGCAGGACCCGGCCUUCCUGAUGAAGCUGCAAGGCUUCGCAGAGGGGAACCUGUACAAAGGCAAGCAGAAGUAUCAGGACAUCUGGCCUUGGAAGCUGGAGAAAAUCGGCCAGAGCCACGGCUCUUUCUCGCUGUCUUGCCCAGUGAGGUGGGACAAGAAGGUCGAGGUGCCUCUGAGCGAGCUCAAGAAAUUUUUCGAUCUGUAUAGCGGAGAUGCACCCGAAGUGGUGUCUGACUCUGUGGACCGACUGCCCCAUAAUACGGAGGCUUGCAGCCAAGAGAGACUCCGAGGAGAGUUCUUCGAGCUCUGCUGCGAGUAUUUCCUGAAGUACUCGCACUGUGAAGAGGAGUUGACCUUUUUGAAGAAUCCCACGUGCUGUCUGUUGGAGGGCAAAGCCAAGACAGGCAAGCUGACGAUCUUCCCCUUCACGGAUCAGAUUUCAAAGGUUGGCUUAAAGCCGGCAGCUGGCAGUGUGGAGAUCCCGGUCGGCUCAGAGCCGAAUCUGGCGCCAGUCCUUCUCAACGAGAAGGGCUGGAAGAUUCCCAUUUUGAAGAACACUGCUUCGCUGAAGGAGCAGCAGUCCAAGCGGCAGGCAGAGAAACUGAAAGAACAGAGCUCUGGCCUUUUCGGCGGGGAAGACAGCGAGGCUGCUCUAGUGUCUGUAACAGGCAGCUCUCCGAGAAAAGCAGCGAAGACUCGCUUGUCCCGCCGUGCUUCCAGGGAAGCAAGAGCAGAAAAGAAUGUGCUCAAGGUUACCUGGAUGGGAAAGGAGAUCCGUGUCCUGGAGGCGGGCCAUGUCACGGAUGUGCCCAAAGUCCACUUGGAUGAUAUGGCACUGUUCUUUGAAGCAACACAAAAUGCCGUGCUUACUGCUGAGUCUUUUCAGACUAGAGCACGGCAAAGCUUUCCUAAGGGAACUGCUGCGAAGGACAAAGUCGUGAAAAUCGGCCAAGGCCGCCAGGCUCAACGGACAGGCGACGACAGAAGGUAUUCGCUUGUCAAAAAAGCCGGGGCCAAGGCCCGGCCCUUGGAUCCCCUGCCGCUGCAGGAGGCUGAGGUUGUGAAGUUUGUGCCGGUGUUUGCAGCUGUUUGGGCUCCUGUAGGGAGCCCUUGGAUGGGGGCUGGCCUUUUUUACGAGGCGAAGUCGUCGGCCAUGCCCAAGCACCGGGACCAAAAGAAAAAGGAGGAGGAUGGCAACAAAAAGCCAGAGGAGAACGAGAAGAAGAAAGAGGAGGAGGAGAACCUUGAGGAGGAAACUGUGGCCUCCGAGGAGGAGGCAACUGAGUCCGAGGACAAAGAAAAGGAUCCGGAGGAGGAGCCGGAGGAGGCUACGGCCUCGAAGCCAAAGGAGGCGGCCUCGGAGGCUGCGGCAAGGCUGGAGAAAAAGCUUGCAACAGCCAGGGUCGCGGCAUCCCAGGCAGCUCUCCAGUCCUGGGCAGAAGAAGAGCAGGACAAGGAGGUGGAUGAAAAAUUGAAGGGGGCAAAUGAGAAGGCAGCAGAUGAGAAGAAGGACAACAAGCCUUCGGACGGGCCCAAGGGCCCGUCCAAAAAGUGCCCCAUUUGCCGGAGGUGGAUACAGGAGCAUGCGGCCGCCCGUCGCCAGCACCGAUUGUCGGUGUUUCACCGAACUUGGAAAUACAUAGCCCAAGGGCUCAGCAAGGAGGCUGCUGCAGGCCGGGCAAAGCGCCGGUUCCAGGAGCACUGGCAGCCCGGGAGGGAAGAGGAGAGCGAAGAGGAAUCCGAAGUCCCAAAGUGGGAGCUGCGGCGGGAUUCCGGCAACAAGGGCCAUGGAUAUGGCGACAAGGGCCAGGGAUAUGGCGACAAGGGCCAGGGAUAUGGCUAUGGUGAUGUGAGAGGCGGCUCCGGCCCCUCGGGGGCCAAGGCCCAUGCCGAAGCUGAGAAGGGCCGUCCUGAGCAGGCUAAGGGCACGAAGAAGAGAAAGAAGCCGGGGGCAGGAGAGACAAUCUCCCUGAUUGACCCCGAGGAUGACAAAGAGGAUCGAAAGCCGGUGAAGCUUUUGCCCAGGAGUUUGCCAGCUAAGGAGUCGCCGGUAAGGGACAGUGAUCACGUCCCAAUGCCGGACAAGAAGGACCCGGAAGAUCCCGAAGGAGGCGGCCCGGAGAGCUACGGCAAAGUGGUGACGAGCCUCUUUCAGAUAGCUUGUCACGAGCUGAGGCAGCGGUACUAG